GUGGAAUAGUCUUUGGACAGAGAGGUCAGGUGCUGUAUUCAACAAACUUAAAUGGGCUUGCCGAUCACCUGUGUGAUCGUUUAGUCAGUGUAUUAUUUGAGAUUUGGAUACUAGCUUGUGCCCGGUGCUUUCCGUCACCACCGCUUUGGAAGACUCUACGUGAUAUGUGUGCUACAUGGAGACACCAUUCUUCACUAGUUGAGCAGUGGAAUAGAGUGAAUAAAGUGCUUACAUCAAGAGUACUAAAGUUCUUACAUGGGCCAAACUUCCCUCCACUGAAAGUUGGAGAUGAAGACUCCAAUAUUGUACCAAGUGAUAUGGACAAUGACUCAAUUGCUCAGAGUUGGUUUCGGUUCCUACAUGUUCUUAGUAAUCCAGUUGACCUAUCAAGACCUGUCAUCAUCAGCAACACUCCUAAGUUUCUACAUCAUGCAUUGACAAGUGAAGAUGUGAUUGAUCCCCAUCAGCAUCCAUGUCUGAGAUCUUUGCCAUCUAUCUAUCUCAAAGCCAUGAAAGGAAUAUCUGUGCUUGUCGAUGCUUUUCUUGGUAUUCAACACCAGGAAGUAGAAUCACCUGGUAAAAAUAGAAGGUCCGUUCAUGUACCCCCUCCUCCACCUCCAGGUCAAGCAGGUCUUACUCCAACCCCAACACAGGGAAGAAAAAUUACUAAAAGUUUUAGUGUUGCGAGUACUUCUGCCCACAAAGCAACCAGAGACAAAGCAGCUUCCAUUAGUGGAGUCAGCUUGACACCAACAUCUCCGCUGACCAGCGGCCGAAUCAGCCCAAGCCAGCCGGUGAAGGAACGACAGCAACCGCUACCAAAGAUACCACAGUGUAACAGUGUGCUGCAUCUGUUCGGAUCAUGGUUAUUUGAAGCAUCAUUAACAGGUUGUUUGCCGGCAAGGAGGUUUAGUAUUGGUAAUGAGUCACGUAGAACCGCCAGUUUUACUACUGAUAUCAGAAGAAUGUCAAUGCAACCUGAUGGCUCCAAUCCCACAAUAUCAUCCAAUCCUUACUUAGAUGAUGCUCCUGAGACUUACGAUGCAGGACGUGCUGAAGCCUCUGGUACUUUGUGUAGAAUUUUCUGCAGUCAGAAAUCUUCAGAAGAGAUUCUUCCAGUUUAUUUGUCACGAUUCUAUACUACACUAAUUGAAGGCCUUAGGAAUGAUGAGCAUAUGAGUGGUCACGUUUUGUGCAGUAUUAUUGUGAAUUCAGCAGACCUUCUGAGGAUUGAUCUGAAAGGAGUCCAGAUAUUGAUUCCUGAAAUGAUAUCCGCACUAGAAAUGGUUUUACCUGAAAGGGAUCUCAGGUUUAAAGUGAGUCUGAACUCUCUAGACAGUGGUACAAGUGGUCAGUCCACACAAAACUUAGGUAGACCACACGGUUCUGAUAAUGAGAACCCUACAGUCAUAAAAGCCAUGCAUACAUUAAAAGAGUUUGAUACUGCCUGGGGUUUGUUUGUUCGUUGUACUCACCUUGUGUGUCAACGGUUGAUGUCUUCAUGGAAAACAGAACUGCACAUAUCACUGGCAGCACUGGAAUUGUUGUCAGGACUGGCCAAAGUUAAGCUUCAUAUACAAGAUACCUUGGAAUGUAGAAGAGCUGUGAAGUGGAUUUGUGAUUACAUAUCAUAUCAGUGUAGUAGACCAGCACCCAAUCAUUCAAGAGAUCUACAUACUAUGAUUGUAGCAGCAUAUCUGUGUCUGAGUGUAUGGAUUAUACAACAUCAUUAUCUCUUAGAUGAUAAGGAGUGCCUUCAUUGUGUCUUAGAAGUUGUAGAACUUGGCAUAUCUGGAAGUAAAUCUCAAAACAAGAUGAGUGAACCAAAAAUUUACAAGCAUGACAAAGAACAGAAGCCAGCUUCAUUGAGAGUUCGAGAAGCAGCUGAAUCAGUUAGAGGGUAUAUCAUGGAUAAUUUGGGUUAUUUUCCCCCACCAUGCGGUGCAGAAGCUGUUUGUUCUUUGUUGAAUGAGGACUCUUUAUUGAGAUAUGCCAAAGGGAAGUAUGCUAACGAUAAGAGUGGUAGUUUUAAUUACUUUGUACUGGAGAAUAAAGUAUUAUUAGCAGUGUUGGAACAACCUCUUGGUAGUAACCAAGAUCCUUUACCAACAGUCACAUCCAUCUUAAGAGGUCAUAGUGGAAGACAUGCAUGGACAAUGCAACUUAAACAUUUAUCAAGAAAUCAAAAGGCAUAUUUAUCUGAUCCAGGUCGUCCCAUGCCAGUCAAUGAUAUGGGUACACACUAUGAAGUCACAUCAAGAAAUUUUCCAGAAAUAGUUGACAAUGCCCCUGUCACAAAAGCAGAUCAAAGUAUUCCUUCCUUGGCUUCGAUAGAAACAGACCAGCAAAGGCAGGAGCAUGAAAAGCUUUUAAAAUUGAUUGAGGAACAAGCUGAUCAAGAACGCCAUGUGCGAGAAGUCACUUUGGAUGAGAUAACAAAUCAAGAAUAUCCUGAUCCUCGUACUGAAGUUAAAUCUCCUAAACCAUGUCAGGAUUUCCAUCCUACCAGACUUCUAUUAUCACAUCUAGGAUAUCUUAGUUUGGAUGCUUUGAAGGUACUACCCUAUUCUAAACUAAAUUGUUUGCAUCUAGAAUUACUGGAUGGUAUACCAAGUCGUGACAGUGAUACUGUUUUUAUAUUCUAUGUCAAAGCAGGACAGAAAACAGCAAAUCGUAUACUUGGCAAUGUGGAAUCUGUUGAUAAUGUUCAGCCUGAAUUCAUGGAGUUCCUGAAAUCAGUAGGCUGGCCUGUGGAAAUUUCGAAACACUGUGGUUGGACUGGUCAUAUAUCUACCAGUUGGAAAACAGAACAUAGUGAUGCUGGGCUUUCCCACACCGAUGAUGGCUUAUAUUCUGCCGACAUUACCAAUCAUGGAGGUGGUCUUUAUAAUGGUGAUAGACAAGUAUUAUAUUAUGCUGAUGUUAUGUGUGAAAUAGCAUUUGUUGUGCCAUCAUUGCAGGCACCGAGACAACCUGGUAGACGACACUCCUCAGAAGAUGUGAGUGCUGUAAGUGCAACAAAAGAAAAACCUCUUGAAGUGACACUGAAGUCAUCUAAAUCUCCAAGACAUUUAUCACUAGAUCUUGCUUCCAGUGAUAUUCAAACCAAUUUGCUACCUAGUCCUGGGUCACCUAGUGGUAACAGUAGUCGACUUAAACGAUUCCCAACAAGGCAGAGUUUACUGACGGGUCCUGAGACUAAAGUAUUGGUAGUCUGGCUGGAAGAUUAUGAUGACCAUGAAACCUUUCCACUUACUGAUUUGUUAGCAGAAACAAGCACUGGUAUAGAAUAUCUUUUGAUGAGUAGCUCUUCUCUGAACAAAGUAUUAGAUAAAGAAAUAAUAAUUAUAUUUAUACAUCCACUGACAAGUGGUUUAUACAGAAUACAUGUGGAAGGAAAAACUCACAUGGCAAUACCAUUAGUAGAUGGCAUGGUGGUCAGUAGAAGAUCUCUUGGUACACUAGUGAGACAAACUGCUAUUAAUACAUGUUGUAGAAAGAGACUGGAGAAUGAUUUACACACCCCUCCGCAUGUCAGAAGAAAACACAAAAUACAAGACAUGGUAAAUAAAUAUCGCAAGAGGAUGACGGAAUCUGAGUUUUAUACCACAUUGUUCAUGCAGAAGUAAUAUAACUCAAAAUAGACUUGAUUGAUUUAUUGUCUUCACCAAGAGUUGUACAGUGUCAUACUUAAAAUAUAUACUGUAGUAUAUAGAAUUAUUAGCAGAAUUCUUAUUAUAUUUUGCAUUGUAAAUAGUGAUUUAGCAAAGUUAGAGUGGAUCGGUGUUGCCAAUGUUGGAUAAAGAGAUCAUUGAUUUGAUGUUAAUUUAUGUGCAAUUUAUUGUUUAUUCACACAGUGGUAUGUGAAUAAUACUGAUGAGGUGCUUUGUGUUCAAUUCUUACAAUGUUAAAUUGAUAUUUAAUAAGUGCAAUAUUAGUUUUGUAUUAUAUAUAUCUCUGAUUACUUGAAUAUAUCUCGAAUAAUUGUAUCCUGAUACCAAUGUUAGUUUCAAUAAAAAGUAGCUCUCAUAUGGUGAGGUAUAACCUGCA